AUGCCUUACAAGAACGAGCCCAUCGCCAUCAUUGGCAGCUCCUGCCGCUUCGCCGGCCCAGCUACAUCCCCUUCCAAGCUCUGGGAGUUGCUCAGAGAACCUAGGGACGUCUUGAGCAAAAUUGAUCGCUUCGAUGCAGAUCACUUCUAUCACCCCGAUGGCCACCACCACGGAACCAGCAACGUCAGACAUGCGUACAUGCUUGAGCAAGAUGCAAAAGCUUUUGACGCUUCAUUCUUCAACAUUCAAGCUGGCGAAGCCGAAUCCAUCGACCCUCAACAACGACUGAUGCUCGAAACAAUCUAUGAAGGUCUCGAGGCUGCUGGACUCACACUUGACAGUCUACAAGGCUCAGACACUGCCAUGUUUUCGGCUGUCAUGUGCGAGGAUGCUUCUGGUAUUGCUUUCCAUGACAAUGAGUCGAUUCCUAAAUACGCUGCUACUGGAACGGCUCGAAGCAUGUUAGCCAACCGCAUGUCAUACUUCUUCAACUGGAACGGUCCUUCUAUGACAAUUGAUACUGCCUGCUCAUCAUCUUUGGUCGCUGUCCACCAAGCUGUUCUCUCGCUGAGAGCUGGUGAGUCACGUAUUGCAAUCGCAGCUGGAACAAAUAUCAUUCUCAGCCCGCGCAACUUCAUCGCAGAGAGUAAUCUCAACAUGCUCUCACCUGACGGAAGGUCUCGCAUGUGGGAUGCAAAUGCCAAUGGAUAUGCUCGUGGAGAGGGUGUUGCAUCUGUUAUCCUGAAAACUUUGACACAGGCUCUUGCGGAUGGAGACUCGAUUGAGUGCAUCAUCCGCGAGACCGGAGUCAAUCAAGACGGACGCACACCCGGUAUUACCAUGCCCAGCUCUGAUGCACAAUGUGCUUUGAUUCGCUCAACCUACCGCAAAGCCGGCCUUGACCUGACCAAAAGCUCUGACCGACCUCAAUUCUUCGAAGCCCAUGGAACUGGCACCAAGGCUGGAGACCCUCAAGAAGCGAGAGCCAUCUACAACUCUUUCUUUGCCGAUACUGGAGCUCAGGAUGAAAUUCUCAAUGUCGGAUCAAUCAAAACCGUGGUCGGCCACACAGAAGGAACUGCUGGAAUUGCAGGAUUGAUCAAGGCCUCGCUCGCGAUCCAAAACCAGACCAUCCCUCCCAAUAUGCUGUUUGAGGCCUUGAACCCUGAUCUUGAAGUUUAUGCUCAAAAUCUCAAGGUACCAACUAAAGCCUUGCCUUGGCCAACGCUUCCAGCUGGCACGCCUCGUAGAGCCAGUGUCAACAGCUUCGGCUUUGGCGGCACCAAUGCUCACGCCAUUAUCGAGGCGUACGAAGCCACCGAGGAUCAGGUUUCCAGAGCGGUCGCAAUCCCUUUCACUCUGUCUGCCCCGUCCGAAAAGGCGCUUGCCAUGCAGCUGAGUACUAUGGUAGACUUCUUGCACGAGAACAAGGAUGUCGACCUUUCGCAGAUGGCAUUGACACUGGCACAACGUUCUACACUGACCAUAAGAACAGCGGUCUCCGCACUCACUAGCGAGUCGCUUGCUGAGAAGCUUGAAGCCAAACUCGAGGCGAGAAAGUCCAACAACACUCCCAUUGGAAACAGGGCUGCAAAAGACUCGAACGACAACAUCCUCGGCAUUUUUACGGGUCAAGGUGCUCAAUGGGCUGCUAUGGGCCGCGAACUGAUCCUGUCAUCGGUAUUUGUCGAAGAUAUUGUCGAUGAGCUCGAGCAAUCUCUAACCCAGCUACCUGAGUCCAGCCGACCCGGAUGGUCGCUCAAGUGUGAGAUGUUGGCUCAGGGUAAGGAAUCACGCAUUGGAGAAGGCCUGAUGUCCCAGCCUCUCUGCACCGCUGUUCAGAUCAUUCUGGUCAAUCUUCUAAUCAAAGCUGGUGUCUCUUUCAGUGCAGUCGUCGGCCACUCCAGUGGUGAGAUUGGUGCUGCAUACGCCGCCGGCUUCAUCUCUGCUCACGACGCCAUUCGUAUUGCCUACUACAGAGGUUUCUAUGCCAAGUUUGCCAAGGGAGCUAAUGGAGAGAGAGGAUCUAUGCUUGCUGUCGGAACAUCCAUGGAGGAUGCUGAAGAGCUCUGCGCACUGCCUAGUCUCGAAGGCCGCAUUCAGAUUGCAGCUUCCAACUCAUCCUCUAGUCUAACUCUUUCUGGAGAUGAGGAUGCAGUGGUCGAGGCCCUUGAGAUCUUCAAAGAUGAGAACAAAUUCGCCAGGCAGCUCAAAGUUGACACGGCCUAUCACAGUCACCAUAUGAUUCCGUGUUCGGACAAGUAUCUUCAGUCCUUGAUGGACUGUGACAUUCAGAUCCUGACCCCUCCUGAGAAUGCUCCUAGAUGGUUCUCUAGUGUGUACGGCGGCGAUCAGAUGUCCGAAGACAACGAUGAUUUGACUGGACGAUACUGGGCUGAAAACAUGCUGCAGCCUGUUCUGUUCUCACAGGCUCUGACUGCUGCUCUGGACGAGGCUGGUCCUCCGGCUUUCGCUAUGGAAGUUGGCCCGCAUCCAGCUCUCAAAGGACCAGCAACCGCUACCAUUGAGGAAGUCACCGGCAAUGCUGUUCCAUACACUGGUACUCUAUCACGCAACGGUAACGACGUCGAGUCUCUUGCCGAAACACUCGGCUUCACCUGGGCACUCCUCGGUCCCUCAACUCCCAACUUCAAGGCCUAUAAUGCGUUAUUCGGCAACAUUGGACAGAAGCUCAUGAAGAGCCUGCCUCAGUACACAUGGGACCACGACCGCACCUACUGGUACGAAUCUCGCAUCUCGAGGCUCUUCCGUGCUCAGCGUCCUCAAGCCAGCCAUGAAAUUCUGGGUGUUCGCAUGGACUCCGAGCUUGAAGGGGAGUACCGCUGGCACAACUUCCUCAAGCCAAGCGAGAUCUCUUGGCUGCGUGGUCACACAGUGCAAGGUCAGGUAUUAUUCCCGGCCGCUGGUUUCGUAGCUUUGGCAGUGGAAGGAUCCAAGACCAUCACUGCUGAUGAACCGGUCGCGCUCAUCGAGCUGCAUGACUUUAGCAUUCACAAUGCUUUGGCCAUUGCGGACGAGACUUAUGGCGCAGAGAUAAUCUCAUCGAUCAAGAGCAUUACCAGAGAGGAUGAUAUAAUCACCGCUCAGUUCAGCUGUGACGCUUGCACAAACAGGGAUACUGGAAGCCUGUCCAGCAUGUCUACCGGCAAGCUUGUGAUCAGAAUCGGAGAGCAGUCUCAGUCGGCUCUCCCAAUCAGACCCACCCCUGAACACGAGCUGAGGAAGGUCAACGUCGAGAACCAAUACGCUAGUUUCCAAGACAUUGGUUACAACUACAACGGUAUUUUCAAGUCGAUAACCUCGCUCAAGAGAACUACCAAUUUGGCCAUGGGCAAGAUCCUUGUUCCAGAGGAUGCUACUGGCUCCGAUGCUUCGCUCAUGGUCCACCCUGCAGUUCUUGAUGUGGGUCUACAGGUCACCUUAUGCGCCAUCGGUGCGCCAUUCGACAGCCGUCUAUGGACUCUGCACGUGCCCACUGUGAUCAGAAGAAUCAAGAUCAACCCUAUGGCAUGCCCUGCUGAGGGUGGCCGUGGAUCGGAAGUUCUUGCUAAUUCUGUGCUCGCAAAGCAGGAGCCUGGCGACCACGGUUUCACCGGAGAUCUUUCCAUCUAUGAUCCCGCCGGUAAGAACUGCUUUGUCCAGCUCGAAGGUGUCAGGGUUGAGGCUCUUGGUCGUCCCAGCAAAGCUACUGAUCGCCACAUGUUUGCAGAGUCUGCUUGGUCUGUUCUUGAACCCGAUGCUAGUAUUUGCUUCUCGGGCACUUCUGAGACCGAGUCGCAGAAAAGUUUGUGCAUGCUGGUCGAGCGUGCCUGCUUCUUCUACCUCAAGCAGCUCUGGGAGACCAUCACCCAGGAAGAGCGCAAACGGUGCGAUGAUGAUCGCUUGGCAAUCCUCAACUGGGCUGAACAUCUGGUCUCGACCACCGCUGAGGGCUCACACCCACAUUUGCAAUCCGAGUGGAUGAACGACACCGAAGAAUCGCUCAAGCCUCAGCUUUUGGCAGCCGCCGUAACAUACGACGACAUGCGCAAAGUCAUGUUCGCUGGCGAGAUGUUGAUUCCAUUCGUUCGUAACCAGGUCAAUAUGCUCGAGGAGUUCAAGAACCACAACCUCCUUGACUGGUUCUACAAAUCAUCGACCGAAAUUGCCGACUACAACGCGUGUAUGGGUGCGGUAGUCAAGCAGCUCACCCACCGCUUCCCUUACAUGAAGAUUCUGGAAAUUGGCGCGGGAACUGGCAGUGCAACCCAAAGUAUCAUCAAGGAGAUUGGCCAGAGCUACUCCUCUUAUACUUACACCGACAUCUCUGCAGGCUUCCUCCACGAUGCUGCCGACCUUUUCAAGGAUCAUGGCAAUGGCUUUACUUACAAGGUCCUUGAUAUCGAGCAAGAUAUUGUUGAGCAAGGAUACACCGAGGGCACAUAUGACUGUGUUGUUGCCAGUAACGUCCUGCACGCAACAAAGUCGCUCGAUCAGACUCUCAGCAAUGCUCGCAAGUUGUUGAGACCUGGUGGCUACCUCGUCAUGCUUGAGAUUACCCAAGUCGACUGGCUGCGCACUGGUCUCUUCUUCUCUUGCAUUCCUGGCUGGUGGGCUGGUGUUGAGGAUGGACGUCCCUACACUCCAUUGGCUACUGAGGCACAAUGGGACUCAGUCUUCCGUCGCACAGGCUUCUCAGGCAUCGACAGUGCGACUCCUUCAAGCAAGACAAUCAUGGGUCCCUACUCUGUGAUGGUUACACAAGCACUGGACACUCGCAUGGAAAUCAUGAGAACACCGCUUGCCUUAGCUCCCGAGAAGCAGCUUUGUGAGAAGCUUCUCAUCGUUGGAGGCGAGAAGCCCUCAACUCUGCACAUCGCUCACCAGGUGGAAGCGCUUCUGCAACCAUACUACGGUUUCAUCUCAAUCGUCACGAAAUUGCAAGAUGUUGGUCAGCAUAACUUCUCAGCCAAGCAUGCUCUUCUGUCCCUGACUGAGCUUGAUGAGCCUUUGUUCAAGUCAUUUAGCGAAGAGAAGUACCAGGCUAUGCAAUUCGUCCUCGACGAAGCUCGCAACGUCCUCUGGACCGUCCAGGGAUCCAAGACCCAGAACCCUUACGCCAGAAUGAUGAUGGCCGUUGCUCGAUGCUUGGCUGGUGAGCGUAGGGAUGCACUCUACAUGCAGACUAUCGACUCCGACAUUGACGAGUUGCCUCAACCUCGCCUUCUUGCGGAGACAAUGCUGAGAAUGCACAUUGCCGAACAAUGGAGAAAUGCAGCCUAUGAGCCGCUAUGGUGUCUCGAGCGCGAGCUGCACGUGAGCAACGGUAUUCUUGAGAUUGAGCGCUUCGUCCCCAGCACAGAGCUCGAUGACCGUUACAACUCUGACAAGCGCGAAAUCAAGAAGGCUAUGCCUCUGAGUUCUACAGUUGUUGCAGUCAGCCAGGCUAAGUCUGCUUACCAGCUAAAGGAAGUCUUUGACAUGCCAUUCCGAAAGGAAGCCAUCAAAGAUGCUGAGAUGGUUACCUUGAAUGUCCGUAAGUCUUUCAUCAGUGCUGUCAAGGUAAAGUCGGUCGGCUCUCUAUUCAUCGUUUCUGGAACCAACGCCGAGACUGGAAAGAAACUACUGGCCUUCUCGCAGACCUUGCAGUCUUCGGUGUCUGUGCCAAAGACAUGGACUAUUGAAUGUGAUGUCGCAGACGAGUUUGAGAGCAACAUCGUAUUGGCUGCCGCCACUUACAGUGCUGCUGAUGCAAUCAUCGGCAAGACUAGCUCAAGAAGCUUCUGCUUGGUUCAUGAGGCCACUUCAGUCCUCGCAAGAACUUUGCUCAAGGUCGCGGCUGAGAGGGAGAUACCGAUGCUCCUCACCUCAUCGAAGUCGUCGGAGAGCAUGUACCAUUAUAUCCAUCCUUCUACUUCUCAAGCAUUGAUCGAGUCGCACGUCCCUCGGACUGUCUCGGUGUUUGCCGAUCUGUCUAGCAGCUCAAUCGAAGAAGAUGCCCUUGGCCACCGCAUUGCACGCGAGCUCCCUACUGCAUGCAAACGUAGAGACAUUUCAGCUGUUUUCGGCAACGAUGGGUUCAUUGACUCGGAGCUCGAUAUCGAACAGAUCCUUCGCAAACAGUACGUCCGUGCAAUGAGUGAUCUCGGAUCGUUCCAAAACUCUGAGAUUGUCUCCUUGGCCAGUCUGCCUGGUACUCCGGUUCUGUCUGCCAGCCUUCGUGUUGUUGACUGGACCGCUGAGGCAUCGGUUCCAGUCUCUACUUCACUUGUCAAUGAGCAGCUUCGUUUCCGUCCUGACGGUACCUACUGGAUGGUCGGUGCCACUGGUGAACUUGGCUUGUCUACUUGCCAGUGGAUGGUCAACCGCGGCGCCAGACACUUCGCUCUGACAAGCAGAAACCCCAAAGUUGAGCAAGCUUGGCUGAACACCAUGGCUAGUCAAGGUGUAUCAGUCAAGAUCCUGGCUAUGGAUGUCACGAGUAGAGACUCGGUCCGGGGUGGCUACAAGGAGAUUUGCGACACCAUGCCUCGCAUUGCAGGUGUGACCAACGCCGCCAUGGUUCUUGAUGAUAAUCUCCUAGCCAACAUGCCUUACGAGUCAUUCGCAAAGACGCUCAAGCCAAAGGUGGAUGGCACCAUUUACCUCGACGAGUUGUUCCCCGAGAACACCCUUGACUUCUUCAUUGUGUACUCUUCUUUGGCUUAUAUUGCUGGCAACCAUGGUCAGUGUCCCUACGCAGCAGCAAACGGUUUCAUGACAGCUCUGGCUGCCAACCGUAGACAAAGAGGUCUAGCAGGUAGUGCCAUGAGUUUUGGCGCCAUCUCUGGAGUCGGCUACGUCGAGCGUCGCAGUGUCGAUAUUAACCUCAGCCAGAAGAUGAGCAACUUGGGCUAUGCACCCGUCUCCGAAUGGGACUACCACCAAUUCUUUGCAGAGGCUGUACUCGCCUCGCCUUCUGACUCUGGCAGAAACUUCGAGAUCUCCAGUGGUUGUAAGGUCUUUGACGUGGCCAAGGAGCCCAACUUGCCUUACUGGCUCGACUUGCCCAAGUUCGCAUACUACCGCCGUGUCAAGGCUGAUGCAUUCGCCGAACAGAGCGACAAGCGCCAGGUCUCUGUCCGUGCACAACUCAAAGAGCAGACCACCGAGGAAGGCGUGCAGAAAGUCGUCCUUGACCGCUUCAUCUCUGGUCUGUGCACUAUGCUGCACAUUAGUGAAGACGAAAGCAGAGUCACUCCCGAAACUGGUCUUACCGAACUCGGUAUCGAUUCUCUGGUUGCUGUUGAGAUCCGCAGUUGGUUCCAGAGCGAGUUGGACUUGGACAUGCCCGUGUUGAAGAUCCUUAGCGGUGCUAGUAUCGAGAAGAUGGUGGAGGAUGCUUUCGAGAGGCUAUCACCAGAAUUGACUCCUGAGUUCAAGAGAGAGGGUAAAGUGGUGGAGGUGGAGGCAGUGCAGGAGAAAGUGGCUCCUAGUGAGGAGAGCUAUCAGAGCGAGACGCUUUUGUCGUCUGCAGACGAGUCGGACAACUCGAGCAGCGAUGGAGAGGAGGCAUGA